CUUUGACGGGAAGUGGGUGGUGCUACACGGUCGGUGCCACGGCCUUGGCUCAGAAGAUAUUGCGUAUUUAACUUCUUUUCCAGUCUUUUUCCGCAAAGGAAUGUUAAUGAUAUAGAGAUCAUGUACACCGACUAAUGCUGACGCAAUUUAGUGAUAACAAUGUCUGCGAGAAGGCUCCAACUCUUGCUGCUAGCCUUUCUGGCUUCUGCCUCGUCUGCCUCAAAAGAAAUUGCCACCCAUUUGAUAAUAACGCCACAGUCUCCAGUGAUCCAGAUCGGGACUAACUUCACUGCUACAUGUUUGAUUGCUGACACAACUGAAGCAACUGCAGAUGAUCUCUACUGGAAUAUUUCCCGCCGUAUUAUCCCCAAGAAUCAGUACACUAAGAUUAAUGAAUCAGCACUAAGUGUCACUAUCUUUGUCAACGAUGAAAAGCCCGAAUUGCUGUGUUGCUACUGCAACAAAAAAUCUCCCUACGUUUUCAAGAACAAGGGAAAAUUUAUUCAUGGGAUCUUUCUAACAAAAGGCUAUCCUCCAAACAAACCUAAGAAUCUAACCUGUAUGGCACCUCAAGGGAAACUUUAUAUCUCAGAAAUCUUCAAGUGUUGGUGGGAAACAUCAGGAUACCACACCCAGGAAAUGCCAUCAACAUAUACUUUGCAUGUUAACGUCAUCCACGGUAAUGCCUACAAUGUGUCAACAGAAGAAAAUAGCGCUCUAGUGAAAAUGGAUUUCCCUGCUCAUAUGGAGCUGGACAUUUGGGUGGUGGCCCACAAUCAACUGGGAACUGUCGAGUCAGAACAUCUCACAAAAGAUGCUUUUUCAUUUGUUAAAACAAACCCUCCAUAUGUCCAGGUCUUUCCGGAAGAAAAAUUUCCCCCCUCCCUUCUCAUUACGUGGAAACACCCAAUUCAACCACACUAUUUAAUAUUAAAAUACGAAAUAAGGUACUGCCUGAAUGGAUCUCUCGAUUGGAUGAAAGUACUUGUUGUGAAUAAGGCUGAAGAAAGAGAGUCCUACAGACUUCAAAACCUACAGCCAGACACAGUCUAUGUUAUUCAAGUGCGCUGUAAACAUACUAAAGAUGGCUACGGAUAUUGGAGUGACUGGAGUGCCAGUGUUACCGAGAAAACUCCUGAAGACAGACCAACGAGUAAACCUGAUUUAUGGAGAAUAAUUACAGAAGGUGAAGGCACAAAUGAGCGUAAAGUGAAGUUUAUUUGUAAGGAGCCUGUAUUUUCCAAUGGAAAGAUAACAAGUUUCAACAUAAAGAUUCAAACCCAAAAAGAAAAUGUUCAAAAUGGAAGUGCGGCUUGGGAACGUGUCCCUGUCAACUCGUCGGUGGCAGACUUCUUCCCUCGUCAGACUUUCACUGUCUUGAAAGAGAUUUCCCUGCUGGACAAGCGCCCUGUAAGAGUGCACGUCACCGCUGUAAAUUCCGUGGGGAUGUCUCCUCAAGCAUCACUUGGAAUCCCAGGGAAAACUCUUGAGCUCGGCCCAGUGCAAGGACUUAAAGUGUGGCCGCAAGGGGGACAACUGUUCGUAAAAUGGAAUGCCCCCAACAAUGCAAAUGUAGCAGCAUAUGUGGUUGAGUGGGUUAAUGAUUUUUGCAUGGACUGGCAGAGGGAAAACAGAAGCACCCUACAAACUGUCUUAAAAGGCAGCAUUGAUAAGUUUAUUUGCUACAAGAUAUCCGUGUAUCCAAUAUACUCUGGAUGGACUGGCCAGCCAGCAACAGUGGAAGCUUUUCUUGAGGAAGGCGCUCCUUUGGAAGGUCCUUCUGUACGACCAAAAGAUAAACCAGGGCGAAAUGAGGUAGAACUGGUGUGGAAUGAAAUACCCCCCAGUAAACGACAAGGCUUCAUCACAAACUACACAAUUUUCUAUUCAAGCAGGAAUGGCGAACAUGCAAUCACAGUGCCAGCUAACACCACCUCAUAUACUCUGACGUCACUGACAAGCAACACCAAGUAUGACGCUUGGAUCAGGGUGUCCACCAGUCGAGGCUCCGCUCUUGGCACAAGCCACUCAUUUAUCACCCUGAAAUAUGCCCCAGGGCAGAUGGAGAUGAUUGUGGUCGGAGUGAGUCUUGGCUUUCUCUUUGUUGUUCUCACGACCAUGAUGAUAUGCCUCUACAAAAAAGACAUGAUCAUGAAGAACUUUUGGCCUUGGAUCCCGAACCCUGGAGAGAGCACCAUCGGACACUGGUCUCCUGAUUAUCCUUUGAAACCAGAGACACCAAAGGAGAACUGUCUGCCUGACAUCAGCAUGCUUGACGUGGACAUAAACGAUGCAAAGUCAGUGUUUGAGGAGGACAAAACUAACCUGGCUCUCAAAAAGGACAAGUACCUGUCUGAAGAGCACAGCAGCGGUAUCGGAGGCUCCUCUUGCAUGUCCUCACCUCGUCAGAGUGUGUCUGACAGCGACGAGGGCGGUGACGUUGCUGAUACCACAGCCAGCACCGUGCAGUACUCCUCAGUGGUGGCCUCUAGUGGCUACAAGGGUCAGACCCCGUGCGUCCAACCUCAGCAGGUAAUUUUUUCUCGCUCCGAGUCCACACAGCCCCUUCUGGACUCCGAGGAGAACCCGGACAUUUUAGUGCAGGAGGGCAGCAGACAGUCUCAACUCUUCCACUCUGCGUGGAACCAAGACAGUGCCAGAUCUUCUGAGUUCAACCAGCUGGAGAUGGAGCCACAGGAGGUGCUGUUGUCUCUGGAUUUGUGUCCCCUGGAAGAAGACUCUGAGCUGACAACACCUGCAGAUGGCCAAUCAGCACCAGUUCCCAGCUACAGGCCACAACUUUGUGGCUACAGGCCACAAUAAGAAGACUGACAGAGGCGAUGGGGAGUCUACACGUGAUGUGAAUCAUUCCGUGCCCCUAUUGAUGUUGCAUGUUCAAGUUUUCCAAGCAAUGUUAGCACUAUCUUGCUCUUAACCAAGCAGAACUUACACAGCUCCAGAAAUAAAGGGACCAGUUACUGUAUGUUACGUAUCCCAGAUCCCAAUUAUAAUCAAAAAGACAACGAGGACGGGAUUUACGCCAAAUCAUGGAAAAAUCAAAUGACAGGCUUUUAUGAAUUCAACUCCCUUGAACAUGUGGAACAUGCUUCUCAUGAGAAGACAGAUGGCCACCUGAGGGAUCUCCUUCCAAAAGCUGGGUCAGCUAGCUACUCUACAGUCUUUGGUGCAACACAGGAGCUGAGCUCAGUUGGAUUUAGGUCCGGGGAACAGGUGGACCAGUCAAUAUCAGUCACACUUGUCUCUUCUAGAAACUGCUGACAUAAUCCAGCCUCAGCUGGACAUUACCGUGCAGCAGAAGGAACCCACUGCACGAGCAUAUGGUCUGAUAAUGGAUCUGGGGAUUUUCUUGGAGGUCUCACGCCACCAUUAGGCUAUCCACCGAUCCACUUACCGGGUUAUUUCAUACCAAGUGUAUUAUGUGUUGUGGGAAACAAAACAGUCUCUAACAAUAGCAUUUUAAAUUGCUUAUCAAAUUACAAGUGCAAUACAGUUGAACCAUGGUUAGCAUCCUUAAUCCGUUCCAGAAGGUCCGACUCUGAUGAAGUGCUUUUGAGAAAACUACAGUGAACAAGUGUGACAGAUUAUUUCCCCGUUUGCCAUCACUGGAUGUUUGCAUGAAUCACCAACUUCACACAGAUCAUUAAAAAAAUACAUUAAGUCCCCAACUUACGAACAUUCGACAUGCGAACGUUCGGAGAUACGAACGCAAGCUGACUGGUCUAUAUUUUCAUGUAUUUUGCCUUUUGAAACUCCAUAUUUACACUACUACAUGCUUGACCAGUAGAGGGCACUGUGACACUGCUAAUGGGACCAACAGACGCUAGGGAGAGAAAGCUAAAUGGAAAGCUAAAUUGUAGCUGUAUAAUACAACCCGGACAGAGCGUGUGAUUAAAGUUUAUGAAGAGUUAAUAGGCCUGCUUAAUUCUACACCACCCACAGAACACUACCUCUUUUAGAAGACUCUAACGACGACGACCAUUUGUCCUUUAUUUCAAUAACUUCUCCUCCUCCACCACCACAAUGACGUAUGCUCGGCCACUCCUCUUCAAAGGUAAAUAACAUUUAUACACGUACAUGUAGUACCUAUAUAAUUGGUAAAUUACCUUUUGUUGGACUUAUGAACAAAUCGACUUACGAACGGUCGUCUGGAACCAAUUGAGUUCAUUGUUUGGGGACUUAUUGUAAUUCUAGUCUUAAAGAUGACUUACACACAUACGCAGUACACACAUAACUGAAUAAUAAACAAUAAAUAUUGCAACUUCUGAUCAAUCCAUGUCAAUUUCAGACUUAAAAUAAUGUACUGAUUUCUUUUGAGUGGUAUACAGAUACAGAUAGUGGUGUAUUCGCUAAUCCCUAAUAGACACCACCUUCGUGUUUUGCCAUGAGGUAUUUCUUGAAUUCGAUAGUGUUUUUCACCUCAGAUCUGCUUUUUUUUUUUUUUUUAUCACGGCUGCAAAAUAAGCCAAAAUGGAGCCAAAGAAAUUUGCAAGUGCCAGCAUUUUGAUAAAGGUGAGAAACACUAUUGAAUUCAAUAAAUAACUCAUAGCAAAACACGAAGGUGGGGCCUGUGUUGAUAUCGCUGCCACAUUGUGCUUGUCUCACGUCUAGUUAAAAAUAACCUUACCUAUCAUUUAUAUGCAUUUAGAAUUUUUUUAUGCAUGUAAAACUGUACUUGCAAAACUAUAAAAACGUGUUUUGUGUUAUCAUUUUUGGGACUUGGAGUGUAAUAGUUCGCAAAGAACCACAGAGUCAACCGCUGAUGACAUCAUCUGGUUCCUGUUUCCAUGUGUGAGCAAGCUGCUAACAAGUAACAACAGGUUUUGUGAUAAAAAAUACAUUAAGAACAAAGCUGGACUCACGCGGUAUUUUAAUGACACGACAAGACGCACCCCAUAUUGUACGAUAACUGGAAAACAUGUAAACAGAGGCAAAAUAUUGGCAGAAGUUUUCGACGUUAACGGGACGGACGCUAACCAAGGUUCCACUGUAUUACUUCCUCACGUGAUCAGAUGAUGAUUUGUUGUCGGCUUAUAUAAACUCACUUUCAAUGCAUUGUCACUAACAAUUGCCUCUGAACUGGACUGGUUCAGUUGGACUGACCUGGAGUUACACUGUCAUGACUACAUGCUCCCUUUAUUUUUGGAGCAGUAUAAAUAAUGUUACCGUCUACAUUAUCAGUUCAAGAUGUCUCCUUUACAGAUUUAGUAUGAGUGUUUUGGAUUUGUGUACUGUCAGCCCAUUUUUUGUAACCCUCUCUGCAGUCAUUUAGUCUUACAAGUGCACGUUUCCAUGGCAACUGUAUGCAUAUCAAGUCACAAGCUCACACUGGCAUACAUUCUGUAUUGAUGAUGAUAUGCCAGUCAAUGGUGACCUAGUGCCUUUUUUGAGUUUGCAGCUUGUGGAUGUCAUUUCAAUUGUGCUCAGUAUUAAGUCUUUGUAGGCAUUGUGAUGUCUGCUAUAUGCUUUGCACCUCAAUUGUGAUUAAAGUGCACUUGCAGCUUCACGAUGGGGUUUUUCGAAAAUAAAUGAAUAAAUCAU